CUCCUCCAGGUUUCUUGACAAUUCACAUCUUUGUUCUGGUGCCAUGGCGGAAGAAGUUCCAGGGCCCUUGGCCGAAGAUGAUCAAACGCCAGCAGACUUGAAGAUUAUCCUUUGUGGUGACUCCGCAGUUGGAAAGUCUAAGAUGGUUGAACGCUUUCUUCUUGAAGAGUACAAUCCACGGACGCUCUCCACCUUUGCCCUGACACUCUUCCGAUAUCACCACACGGCCGAGGAUGGCAGAAGAUGGACCAUAGACUUCUGGGACACGGCCGGACAGGAGCAGUUUUUGAAGCUACAUGCUUCGUACUAUUUUCAGGCCAAUGCGUGUAUCCUGGCCUUCGACGUGACGCGGAAAAUCACAUACAAAAAUCUGGAGACGUGGUACAAAGAAAUCCGGCACUAUUGUCCUGAUAUACCAGUUGUUUGCGUGGCAAACAAGAUUGAUGUAGAGCCAUCAAUGGCUAAGAAGAAAUUCAACUUCCCACUCACUCAUCAGCUACCAUUCUUUUUUGUGUCAUGCGCUGAUGGGACAAAUGUGGUGAGGGUCUUCAAGGAAGCAAUUUCCUUGGCAAUCAAGAACAAGGAGCAUCCUCCAGAUGAAGUGCUUGCCGAGAUCUACGCGUUGCUGGCAGAGGAUGACCGCCACCCCACCAAGGCGGAGACGGAAGCCACGGAGGAGACGACCUACGACGAGGGCCCAGCGGAGGACGCAUCUCCGCCGCCCCCGGCACCUCCUGUGGCCUGACGAGUUCGUGCGAGGAAAACCUGAGAAGUAGUGGCAAUAGGAGCCCUUAGCCAGGCCUGUGAAAUCAGAUCAGGUCUUCUAAGCUCUGCACUAGCAGAGCAGUUUCACCCAUAACCUGAGAGAGUUGCAGGUGAUGGACCUCUCAUAUUGGCUCAUUUUUGGGCUCCAAAACAUGUGUUGGAGCACUGCAUGGAGGGUCCAACUCCGAACUCGCCACCCUAUGAGUGCAUAGAAACCAAAGCUAGAUGAAGA